UUUGUGCAUGUUGGCAACUUGGAAUAUACAUAGGUUGGAGUAAGUUCAUCAAUGGAAGGUCAAAGUCAAAGUCAAAUUCAAAGUCAAAGUGAAAGGGUGUUGUUGGCUCAUGAUGCCUCAAGAGGAGUGAGAAUGAAACCUUUGAGAUUGCUUCUUGAUAAGCACUUGUUGAAGGCUGGAGACAAGCUUACUUUUCUGUCUAUUGUUCAUCAAAUCCAACAUCCUUUGGGAUACAUGAUGCGAGUUGAUGGUUCCAUGUUUGGUGUAAACCAAAAGGCUAUCGACGAUGAGGUUGCUAAUAAGACGAAAGAGUACGGUGACAAUAAGGAUCUUGACCAAAUAUCAAAACUAUACGAAACGCAAGAGGUUGAUUUCAAAAUCGAAGUUGUGGCUGGACCUGUACUGAAAAAUGCCGUGGUAGAAGCAUCCAAGAAAUUUAAAGCGACAUGGGUGAUUAUUGAUAAGAGAAUGAAGGGAGACAAGAAAUAUUUUCUAGAGAAGCUUUCUUGUGGGAUAUCGACGUUGGAUGGAAACGAUAACAUAAUAAAAAUAAGAGGACCGAAGCUAUCAACGACAAGAAAUCCAACUCGUCCAACAGAUGACAGAAUGUUAACUAUUAGUGAAGUACAAAAUGAUGAAGAUUUGUUUAGCAUUGAACUUGGAUCAUCAUCAUCAUGUACAAGUUCUAGCACGAGAACUAGCUUUAGCGACUUGAACCAAACGUCAACGCUACAAGAAAUAAACGAAGAAACUACAUGUGAUCAUGUCGAAACCCUACCACCAAAGCCAGAGGAGAAAGUACAGCUUGAUCAGAAGAAAUGUACAACUUGUACUAGAGCAAGUUCGACGGAUGAUGUUUGGCAACAAAGUAGGAACUUUUCCUAUUCGGAGCUUGUGGAUGCAACAAAUCGGUUUUCAUCUGAAAACAUGAUCCAUCGAGGGGAAAAUGAGGUGGUUUUUCACGGGAUCCUUAAAGGUAGCAAAUUAAAUGUCGUCGUUAAGGUACAAAGCGACACAAAGAAGUACCAGUCGGAGGUGCAAGCGCUUGAACAAACACAAAACGAGCAUGUGAUCAAGUUGUUAGGAACUUGCUUGGAGGAAACCGCGAGAUUGUUGGUUUUUGAGUACGCGUGCAAUGGUUCGCUAGAUCAACAUUUGUCACAUCAAAACUCCAGACCUUUGACAUGGCAAGAAAGGAUUAAAAUUGCAAUUGGUGUAUGUAGAGGAUUGAACCAUUUGCAUGGGAACAACAUAAUCCAUGGAGAUAUGCGUCCUAAAAACAUAUGGUUGACACAUGAUUUUCAACCGUUGAUCGCAGGUUUUGGGCUAGCGAGCAUGACAAACGAAUCGCAAAACUCAUCAAAUCACUAUAUAAUCGGAACAUUGGGAUAUCUGGCACCCGAAUACAAAGAAAGAGGGAACGCAACUCCCAAAACAGAUGUUUACGCCUUCGGAAUGAUCCUAUUGCAGCUCGUUACGGGCCGGAGUCCAACCGAUACAAGACUACAUGGACAUAGUCUAAUAAAUUGGGCUAAUUCGCUCGUAAAAGAAAGAAAGUUUUCGGAGUUGAUUGAUUCUAGAAUCGCAUAUGACAUGAAUCAGGUGGCGAACAUGGCGCAAUUGGCGUUAAAAUGUGUACGCAAGAAUCCACAUUUACGAUUAACCAUGGAGGAGGUAAUGUUAGUACUAGAUUACAUCAAUGAUAUGAAAACCAACUAUGAAGUUCAACGGGCAGAUGAAAGUCAAGAGGUCAACGGAAAUGUGGAAACAAUUGAUCAAAGUCAACGUGAAUAUGAUGAGAAAGUCAUCUAUAGUUACGGUGGAAUGACCCCUUUGCCCAAACAGGCGAAACAUUUUUACCGAGGCGAAUGUAUAUAAUACAUAAAUAUAACUCUUAUUAAUAAAAAGUCAUGUGAUGCAUUUUAUGCAUUUUCAUGUAUACUUCAAAUAAAAAGACUUGCUUAUUUUUCUCAUAGGUUUUAGAUUUCAUUACAUUGUU